AUGCCUAUCUGCAUCGAGUGCUCCUAUCCCGUGUCCCAUCUGUACAGCACAUACAGUCGCGCCGAUGACCGCUCUCUGGGAAAAGGGGUGCGCCUGACCCAAUGUCCGCGCUGCCAACGGUUCGCCGACAAGUACGUCGAAUAUGAUUUUGUCGUGAUCUUCAUUGAUCUUGUCCUGAUCAAGCCGCAGGUUUAUCGACAUUUGUUGUUCAACCGACUUGGGGGAGACGACAACCAGUUCGAUCGCUCCAUAAUCCGUCUAGGAAUACUCCUCCUGCUCUUCGACGUCUACCUGACCUGGGCACGGAUCGAGAAGUCCCCCUCGCUCGCAACCACCUUUCUCUCUCGCGCGCCCAUUAUCGUCCAAUACCUCUUCUUCCUAAGUCUGAAUGCGCUCGCAACCCUUGCCCACCACCUCACCAUCCGCCUUCUCGCAUCAGUCCUCGCCCCAGCAGCGCGUGGAUACUCCCGGAACGGCAGCAAUGCCAACAGCCAUGCGACAGAGGCGGCUGUCUUCUCCAACCCCUCCACCCCAGUGCUCCCGUCCUUCCCGUCCCAGACGACGACGACCACAACCACCAGCCAAACACAACUCUCCCCGACGCCCAUCUCGGCCCUGAGUCCCCCCAAGCUCACACCACAGGGCUCCUCCAACGAUGUGGCAACCAUAGCCAGCGCGUCCGGCAGCGACCUGCACCACCUGCCACCCUCCACGCCACAGGGCUCCUUCCCGGCCCUUCCACCCCUUUUACGUCGCGCCUCCACAGCGCCCACACAGAGUAUCAGACCCCUUCCGCCGCCAUCCCCAGCCAGUCCAACAGCCAUAAGCACCGCCUUGCUGGUGAGCAGCUGCGCAAAGCUCUUCCCCAUCCUGCUUGUCAUUUGGGGACCCGACGGCAGCGGUAAUGCAUCCAGCGCGGCGGGCUCGAACAGUACCCGUCUCAGCGCAGGCAGUCAAACAACCCUCGCUCAUGACGGCACCAGGCUAACCCCCGCGGCGACUCUCACGGCCCGUCAACCCAACGCCGGUCUCCCAGUGUCGUCCUCGCUGCUGGAGAGCCUCAUCCGGGUCAUGCCGGAGUCUGUACCGACCAGCUACCUAGCCAGCUUUAUCGAGCUCAUUGGGCCGCUUCUGUCGCUCGGCGCAGCAGAUACUCAUCUCGUGCUCUUGAGCAAUAUCGAGGCACUGUACAUCCUGCUAGGAUGCGGGUAUCUGCGCGCGGUGGCAUUGGCGAUGGCAGGACUAGCUGCCCGUUGGACGGUACAGAGAGUGAUACUAGGAGCUGUCGGGGUUGGCUAACACAUAUAUUACCACCGUAGAACAUAGACCGGCCUAGCCCGAUAUAAUUAAGACUCUACACAUCGUUCAGAUACCCCAACCCCAACCUGGAGGUGGC